GUGUCCCUUUAAAAAAAAAUACAUACGAAAUCUAUCGUCUUGAUCAGAUGGCAUCUCACUAACUGGAGCUGGAUGCCUUGGCGGCCGGUGUCCACAUCAUGGCUCAGUUCGCCGAGGUCCUGAACCAGGUGAGGUCGGUCCUCACCGUGGCGCUGCCCGGUGAGGUUCACGCUCUGCUGGAGGGUCUGGUGGAAGAGGGGAUCAUCUCGGAGGCAUACAGGAACAGUUUGAAUCUGCACUGGCUCAAUGAUGGCAUUGUGCCUAAAUUCACGAGCAAACCAGGAUGCGUCGAGCUGGAUGAGGACUUAAACACUCCAGGAUCCGUGGCUCAGUUGGACCUCAACCAAGAACCGAUGAGCCGAGUCAGAACAAGCGGAUCGAAAUCUCUCGCUGGUGACCACAAUGUGGAACAAACAGAAUCGGUCUCAUUAAUAGAGGAACCAAACAGCACAAGAUUUACCCUGGAGAAGAACAAGUGGCUCCAACAUGAAAUUCUGCAGCAAAAUCAGGAGGAAAUGCAGGAUUUAUUGGAAGAAGUUCUAAUGGACAUGUCCUACUUCAACCAAGACCCUCUUUCCUAUGACUGCACUCUCAGAUCCAUUGAUGAAAAAGCAGAACUGCUGAGCGGUGCAAGGAGUGAGCCUCCUAGUGAUAAUGAAAGCAUAAACAUGGGGAAUGAGGAAAGUGAGGAGGUGUGGUUACAGCAGCUAGAGGAAUCGGCCAGGAGGAUAGCUGUUCCUCUGUGGCAGAACUGGGACAGAGGGAGAGGGAUGUUGCAGACCCUGCUGCCCUGUGGGCCAAGCAGCUGCUCAAUAAGCGACAGGAUGAUGCUGGAGGGUGAAGCCCAGAGUGUCGUUUUGGACAAGGAGGAGGAAAUGGAGCUUGCAGCCGCUUGCAGUUCACUUGACACCUGCGUUGGCGACUUUGAGUGUGAAGAGCUGAGCUUUGCGUGUGACACAGACGCAGGCAGGUCAGAACGAGAAGGGCUUCACUUUUCUACCCUCAGCGGGGUUGCUGUGUUCAAUGCGGACGACUUCAGGAUCCUUGGAGCGACAAGAAACGCCUCACCUGUUGAAGCCUGCGAAGCAACGGAGGCGGGAUACAUCACCCAAAUACUGGAGGGCAAAUUCGACGUUCUGUGUCCAGUUGGCAAGACUGCAGACAAAGUGGAUGACCUGUUCUGUUCCACACCAGAUGCACCAUAUCAACAAUGUGGAACACAGUCAGGACUGUCUGAAGCCACUUUCAGGGACCUGCUACAUUCAGAUGUGCCUGAAGACAGCAGAACUGAUCUGCAAGAUGCCUCUCAUUAUAGUCUCGCAGAAGGAUUUACAGAUUACCUAGAAGAUGCAGAAAUGUAUAACCAAGAUGGAGAAUUCCAAGAAAAGACGGAUUUACAUUGUGAUGCCAAGAUGCAAGAAAACGACCAGGAUUCCUCGGGCCUGUUGGAUUUGGGUCAUAUAGCAGACCAUUGCUGGGAUGAUGAAUAUUUACUUUCUCAAAUCUUCAGUUUCUCAAAUCUGCUCUUCAGUCAAGAUCUGGGGCCUGACUGCCUUGAUGAAAUCACCCGAAACAGUGACACUCCUGUGGCACUGGAGGCCUCUGAUACCGCUAACCACAACGAGCAGAGAGAGCAGUGGAAGCCAUCGGACAAAAUAAAGCCUAAGAGAAAAAGACAGAGAGAUGCCCUGUCCACGCAGUGCACCAAUGGAGACUCCAGAGUGAAAAGGCAAAAAGCAACAGAACCACCAAAAACCCAGGAAGAAACUGCUGAGCCACCUGCCAUUCAUGAUGCCGAAGCAGUGUCAGUUCCAGCAGAGUCUGUGGGAUGCCUUCCCACCACUCCUCCGGGCAACCUGCUCAUGUUCCCGCCUCAGUCAGCUAAUUCCAUUCCCAUUCAGUUCAUCACAAUCCCAGACCCAUCUGCUUAUAAGGUGGUCCAGCUAUCCUCCUCCCCGCCUCCGCUUAUUAGGCUCCCGCUCCCGAACACGGCUGCUACGCCAACGUACAUCUUCGUUCCUAAUCCCUCCCCGACCCGCAAACGCCAGGUUCCACCCCUCUCUCCAGCGGACGGUGCAGUGGCGCCCUUCCUGAUGAGUUCAAUCCAGCCAGGUUCCAUGUCGGACACAGCCAGCAAAGUCACGACCCCCCCUGCAGCUCCUCUGUCCCCCACAAACGAGGUAUCCCCAUGUAAGGAGUCGCCAAAGUCCCCUGUGGUUGUGGAAAUCCCCCAGGCUGUGAAGGACUACAUCCAGCAGUCAAAAAUACACAUGAGUCAGGUCUGCCAGGAUAUGGAGGCAGGCCUGAGGAUGAACGCCCAUUACGUGAACGUGAGUGUGAGCCAGAGAGAGAUCGCUCGCGCUGGGAAAAACACGAACAGAUGUCUGGACAAGGAGCUCAUCAUAACUGGAGACAUCGACCGCCAGAAGAACUCCAUGGGACAGAGUCAGAUCUUUGACAGCCUGAAUGGGAAACGCUACAACGUGCUGUUUGGCAAUGCUGGCAUGGGGAAAACAACCGUGAUCAAGAAGCUGUGUCUCGACUGGUCCAUAGACUGCAUCCCCCAGUUUGACUUUGUCUUUCUAUUAGACGGCAAACAGCUCGCUUUAACGGAGCCCGUCCACAGCCUCCAGACGCUGCUGCUCAGUCAGUCCUCCUUCGCUCCACGCUGCGCGGACCCUGAUGGGGUUUACGCUCAGAUCCUCGCAGCUCCUAAACGGGUGCUUAUCGUUUUCGAUGGGUUUGACGAGCUGCGGCACUACGAAGUCCUGCUCCAAACUCAGAAGAAGGAGUUGGUAGCCUCGCUGCAAAAAGACAGCAAAGCCCAGGCCUUCACGGUGAAGCAGCUGUUCUCCAGCAUCCUUCAGAGGGUCCUGCUUCCAGGCUGCACGCUCCUCCUCGCCACCCGCCCGAGAGGCACGGCCAGCCAGUUGCUCCGGCGCGCGGACAGCUUUCUGGAGGUCUGCGGCUUCACUCCAGCGAACGUGGAGACGUACGUCUCCCAAUAUUUUUCCGAUCCUGGACUUAGGGAAUCUGCUUUGGACUUCUUAAAAAGCAGCAGCUACCUGAACCUCCUCUGCUGGAACCCGGCUCUCUGCCACUUGGUGUGCGCAGCUUUGGAACAGUGCAAAAGCGAGGCUGCCUUACCAAGAACAUUAACUGCACUCUGUCACAAGGUGCUCUGCUUGAAAAUGGAAAAAGACAGAGGAAGCACAGAGUCACUUCCUGAGGCCAAUAAAAUGAACACAGUUGAACCCAUGGAAAAUACAGACAUUUCUAGCAAUUCUCAGGGGAGGAGAGUACAGAAAAAUAAUCGCACAAGGCCCAGAGCGGUAGCGUGCGCUGCUUCUGGUAACCAAAGAGCAAGGAGGACGAAGGGACAGAAGAAACUGGUUGAGGAGAACGUGUGCGAGGACACCAUCAGAUCAGAGCUGCUGUCCCAGCUUUGCUCUAUAGCCUGGGAGGGGGUGAAAUCCAACUCAUCUGUUGUUCCCAAAGGACGAACUGUCUCCACCCAACUCAGAGCCUUCAGCUUGAGGACGGGCCUGCUGCUUUCUCAGUCCCUCAUGAGAAGGACGCCCUCCAAAGGAGAGGAGACGGAGGGAGGAGGACAAGUUAACAAAGGGAUAGAAAAAGUAGAGAAGGAAGAGAACAGAGAAAAGGGAGGAAACCCACAAACGUCUGAUGAAUGUGAAGAUGGGAUCCUGUUGUGGGCUAAUCCUUUCCUUCAGAGUUACAUGGCUGCUGUCCAUUUGUCUUUGUCAAGGACUGUGACAGACCACUCCUUUCUCCAGACCUUGCCUUUCCAGAUGGGAGCCAAAGGCCGACGGAAACCACAGAGGGAGGAGAUGGAGCUGACGCAGCGGAUCGCCGCAGGCCUCCUGUUCCACAACAGGACAGAGCUACAGAGUCUUCAUUCAUACUCGGAAACGGUCUUCAGGGACAUGGUUGCCAGUAAGCAGGCUUUGGUGAUGAAACACCUGGAAGGUCUGUGCUUUGGGGAUUUGAGUUCAGCUCAGAUCCUGGAGGCGUGCAACUACGUCUACGAAGCAAGUUUCACGCACCAAGAGAGCGGGACGGACACCAGUGCCAAAAUGCUGACCCAUCUGGCAUCAAAUCUCCCUGAACUCCUAACAUUUCGGGGCGUUCCCCUCAACCCGCCAGAUGUGUUCACAGUGCAAAACGCUCUCAGGGCGGGCGGGGCUGAGGGCAGGAGCUUCUGUUUGGAUCUGGAAGACUCUGGGAUACAGAUCUGUGGACUUAGGACGUUAGUGGCCCUCAGCAACAUCAACACAUACAGGUAAAACUAACUUCUUCCCAAAAUGAUUCAAAAUGACCAAUUCAAGAAGUGAAAUCAUUAUAAUUUGUGUAGUCCCACACUUUUCAAAUUGCAGUGUUUUGAAACUCAGUGUCUCUCAGGGGAACUUUUGGAAUUAGUUAUUUGUAAGCUUCAUAAGCAAACGUCUGAAAAUCAGCCACUGUCCUCUCCUGCUCUCACAUGAGAGAGGUUUGACCUGAUAGACCGGCCCACCGGGUCACGUCUGCACGUCUGCAGUUAGCAAUAGUCGCCUCACUCUUGCCAACUCAGCAACUUUCUUGCUUUAUUUAGCGACAUUUCAGAAAAAAAAAUUGUUAUAGGCCAAAAUCAGAAUCAUCGGGUCAGAAUUUUUAAAGAUGGGCAAUCAGUGACCGGCCAAAAAAACUGCAAUCGGUGCACCGCUAUAUUAGAUUUCAAUUAAGAGGGAUGCAGAUAAUGUUACAUCCAGAAUUUAAAAGGAGAAUCCAGAGCAUCGCUACCACCAUGCUAGGCUAAAGAGUCUCACAAAACGGUUGCAGCUUGCUUUUUCUUUGACCCGCUUCACAAUAUCGUCUCAGCCAUUAACUUCUUCAGCUUAGAUUUGAAGUUUAGUAGAAACAGAGGCAGAUACAGGACUGUGGGAAUGGUUAUGAUGGGAUCUGCAGAGCCCACAUAUACAUCAUCAUUGUUUUUCAUAAGUACAAAGUUGUUUUAAUGUCUGCUUUGAUUCAAGUUUUAUUAUUCUAGCUUGUCCCGAAAAUGUGCACGGUAAAUGCAAAUGCAGCAUAAAAUGUUAAUGUUCAAAAAAUAGUUAGGUUAAUGAGGACAGGGGUGAUGUUUCAUCCAAAACUUUCAGUUCAAAGCACUAGCAGUAACAAGUCAAAGCAAAUAGCAAACAUAGAUCAAAUGUAUGUUUUAGUUUUAUUUACCUCCUGUGGCUGAACUUGAAAUUACAUUAAAUCCAAAGUUCCUACAUACCAAGUCGAAAUAGUUUAAUGAAAUGCUAACUACCGUUAGCAAUACAAGCUAACGAUAUACUGUAGCAGGCAAAGUACUGCUUGAAAGUAUUAACUGCUUGACGUGAUGACAGAAUACCACAGCUGUCAUAGCAUUUAAUUUGAUUGGUUUUUGAGGUUAGGUUGAGAGAAAAUCUUUCCAUUUGAUAGAAGUCCUGAGAAAUAUCUUCGAAUUUGGACUUUACCAGAUUGCUUUGAUUCUCUGGCCAUUUUUGUAUCUCCGUAAAAAAAAAAAAAAAAA